AAAAGAAGGGGACCAACUAAUUCAUUGUGCAUACUUAAGGUUCAAUCAACAACAUGCCAUAACAAUGUAGUAAAAAAAGGAUAUAUAAAGAUCCCAAAGUGAAGAGAAGAGUCUCAUUAGCAAAUAUAUACCUCAGGAAAAUUAAGUUUCUAAUUACUUUGCAGAGAGAGCCAUGGCAUUGAUAAAGAGAGGUGUAACUUUCUUGAUGAUUAUUAUGUCAGCUAUCCAUGUUUCAAAUGCAUCUGUGCACAAGGUUGGGGACUCUUCUGGCUGGACAAUCAUAGGUAACAUAGAUUACAAGAAUUGGGCUGCUACAAAGAACUUCAAUAUUGGUGACACUAUAAAUUUUAAAUACAAUGCUCAAUUCCACAAUGUGAUGAGAGUGACACAUGCCAUGUACAAGUCAUGCAAUGGAUCAUCUCCUAUUGCAACAUUCACAAGUGGCAAUGACUUCAUAAAGAUAACAAAUUAUGGUCAUCACUUUUUCUUGUGUGGUGUUCCUGGCCAUUGCCAAGCAGGACAAAAGGUUGAUAUCAAUGUGCUCAAUGUUUCUGCUACUUCAGCAGUAGCACCAAAUAAAUCUCCAUCAGCAUUGGCAUCUCCAGUACCAGUUGCUAAUGCACCUGCUGCACCUUCUCCUAAUAAUGCAUCACCAUUGUUUGUUGCUAAUGGAGCUUUUGGUUUUAUUGGUUUGGCCAUGACAGUUUUUUGCAUUUUCUAUUUCUAACUAUGCAUAAUUAAUAAAGAGUUGUCCUUAUAUGUUGCCAGAAUUUCGUUAAGUCUUGAGGGAUUUUUUUUUUUUUGCUUUAGGACAUGUCAAGGCAAUUUUUCUAAAGCUUUAUUGCUAUGAUCCUUCACAUCAUGAAUUGAAAGGCAUGAUUGUAUGAUCUUUCAUUAUCUUCUUAUUGUAGAUUAGAGAUAAGAUUAAUAAAGUAAA